UAAAAAGGAACCGGCGCUCAAUAUAUUCUUUCUCAACGGGCAUUCUUUCUCUAACAAAACCUAAUUUUCUGAAAUCCUUUUUUCUAAUUUCUCCAAGAAAAAGUGUGAGAAAUGGCGAGCAACAUAGGAAUGAUGGAUUCCGCGUACUUCGUCGGAAGAUCUGAAAUACUUUCGUGGAUCAAUUCCACCCUCCAUCUCAAUCUCUCCAAAGUCGAAGAGGCAGCUUCAGGGGCAGUGCAGUGUCAAUUGAUGGACGCCGCCCACCCAGGGACGGUGCCAAUGCACAAGGUCAAUUUCGAGGCGAAGAACGAGUACGAUAUGAUCCAGAAUUACAAGGUUCUUCAAGAUGUCUUCAAUAAGCUCAAGAUCACUAAGCAUAUAGAAGUUAACAAACUCAUAAAAGGGAGGCCAUUGGAUAAUCUGGAGUUUAUGCAAUGGAUGAAGAAAUAUUUUGAUUCUGUUAAUGGUGGUCUCCACAGUUACAAUCCUGUAGAAAGGAGAGAGAGCAGGAAAGGUGGAAAAGAAAUGGUUAGGAAAUCAGUAAACCUCCAAGCUUCCAACAAACCAAUCAGUUCUACCAACAAGGCUCAUUCAUCUCACAACAACCGCCGAGCUGAUGUGUGUUCUGCUAACACUAAGAAUCACUCUUUUAAAGCUGUGAAACCCAGUUCUGCUGCUGAAUCUAUAUAUGAAGAACAGAUUACCGAGUUGAAGUUAUCAGUUGACAGUCUUGAGAAAGAGCGCGAUUUUUAUUUCUCAAAGUUGAGGGAUAUCGAGAUGUUGUGUCAAACCCCAGAGAUAGAAAAUUCACCGAUUGUGGCAGCAAUGCAGAAGAUACUAUAUGCUACAGAUGAUGAAACAUCUGUGGUGGCUGAAGCACAAGCCAUGAUGUCACAGCACAUAAAGCUUUUGAGUCCUAUCGUCGAGGUCUCAGAAGAUAGUGUAAUGGUUGAAAAUCAGAAGCGAAAAAGCAUUGAUCUCGACAGUCCUGCAAACGGAAAACAGCCCCAGAGGCAAAGACUUUCUGAUGUUUCCAAUAUCCAAUGCAGUGGUUCUCCUCUUAUUACCUUUUAGAGAAGUUUAAAUGUUGCAAUACUUUUGGUGUUUCUUGUGAACUAAUAAAUACUAUGUUGAAAACUCGAGCAUUCUAUAACUUGUGGUUUGCUCGUAUGUGUGUACUACAAGCUGUUUGUAUUAAGGCAACUAUAUUAGCCAUCUAUAUAUCUUUAUGAGUUGUAUUGGUUUAGGAACAAGGAGAAAUAGGAAAUGUCAAUAUGACAAGAAAUGAUAAGGAACUAGUGAACCUUCAAAAUCCUUCAAGCAAAAAGGGAUUUUACUGUACUCUCUCAGCAGUCAAUCAAUGACUUGUUAUUGUGUUGAUACUUCAGAA